AUGGGCUCAAUAUCUCAAACAUCCAAGCACUGCGUGGAAAAGAUCGAUCGAUCCGACAUCGAGGGCAUCAUUGAGGCUAUCGCCAAGAAUGGCUGCUGCAUUGUGAAGAACUUCACCGACGUAGCGACGGUGGAGCAGGCUAAUCAAGAGACUCGACCGUAUCUUGACGCCGACGUGCCAUGGGAGGGCGACUUGUUCCCACCCGAGACAAGGCGUUGUGCCAACCUGGCUGGACGGAGUAAGACGGUGCGAGAAACCUGGCUGGUCGACCCUUUGGUACGUGCCUGUACGGCCAAGUUUGUCGACAAGACGACGAGCAAUUAUUACGGUGAGACCAAGCACACCUACACGAGCGAAGCACAGUGUACAAUCGCCGUGACUUUCGAAAUCGGCCCUGGCGGCAAAGCGCAAAGAUUACACCGAGACGACAAAAACUACCACGCCAAUCAUCCCGAUCAAACCGAGACUGGCUAUCAAUUCGGCACCGAUCUCGAAAUGGCAUUUAUGAUUCCCGGAGUCUUGACGACAAAGGCCAAUGGAGCAACCCUAGCGAUUCCAGGCAGUCAUCUCUGGCCUUCGGACUGGGUACCGAGGAUGGAAGAAGACAAGGUAGCUUACGCAGAGAUGGAAGUAGGUGAUUGUUGGAUCAUGUUGGGCAGCCUCUACCACGCAGGUGGAGCAAACAUCACCAAAGACGAAAAACGAACCGUCCACGGCCUGUUCUUCGUUAGGGGGUAUCUACGACAGGAGGAAAACAUUUACCUGGCAAACUUGGCCGAGGAGGUGGCCUCGUAG